GUGCGCUGGAGAGCCCGAGACUGCUGCGACGUCUGGACGAAGAGGAACGGCCGUACGGCCCCCACGACUCGGCGAUUCCGCCGGUGGCUGGACUGUCCCGUGGUAAGAAUGGCAGGUUUCCAGCAGCAUGGAACGCUACAGAGCGCAAAGUCAGGCGACAGCAUCUCGACCUCAGCUGGCGGAGAGCGCAGACCGCGCGGAAGGGCAGGCGAGUGGGAGAGGUCCCGAGAGACGGGGUUAGGCAGCAGAGGCAAAUGUGUCGAUUCUCUGGAGGGCGAGGGUCUGCAGACGGCGCAGGGCAGUCCGGCUCGAAACAAGACGGGCCGCGAGAGGAGGGGCUGGCGCUUAAACCCUGAGGCCCUCAGCACGCCUGCGACAACGCCGGCGACCACCAUGCGCAACAUCGAACGCUGCUCCAACCACGGCACUUGUCGCCCCACCCUCACAAGCAGCGAAGAUAGCUGCAAUCAACGGCUGCCGUUGACGCGGGUCGACCUGCCUGGACUGGCCAGCGCCGGCCACAGCGGGUAUCACCUCGUCGCAUCAGCGCAUGCGGGCCCCGUCAAGACUGCGCAGAGGGCGGCUGCUGCUCGCCACGAGCCAAUCUCGAAGCCCAGCGGCUAA